GCUGCACACAAGGAGAGAGGAGGCUGCACACAAGAAUAAGGAGAGGGGAGGCUGCACACAAGAAGAAGAAGAGGGGAGGCUGCACACAAGAAGAAGAAGAGGGGAGGCUGCACACAAGAAGAAGAAGAGGGGAGGCUGCACACAAGAAGAAGAAGAGGGGAGGCUUGCAGGAAUAUCUGCUCAUCACGUGUGCCCGGGGGCGGGUCCUGUUUUACGAGUAUUUACUACGAUCCCCCUAUUAGCUCAGAGCCCCGGCUGUCAGCCUGUUCAUGCCAUGCACUAAUAACCCGCUGCCCUGCCCCGCACCUCUGCCCAGGACCCCAGCCCAGCAUGGCACAGCCACUUUCGGACUUGGUGUCAACAGCCGCUGCCCGGGGGGACGUGGAGCAACUAGAGGACCUGCUGCCGAGGACGCCCGAUGUGGAUGCACCUAACAGAUUCGGAAGGACACCCCUACAGGUGAUGAGGCUCGGGUGUCCGGCUAUUGCCGGCCUUUUGCUGAGACGAGGCGCUAACCCCAACCUGCAGGACAGCAGCGGCUUCUCCGUCACCCAUGACACUGCCAGGGCCGGCUUCCAGGAUACUAUGCAGAUGCUUCUGGACUUCCAUGCUGAUGUCAACCUGCAGGACAACGAUGGCAACAUAGCCCUGCACCUGGCAGCCAAGGAGGGCCAUUUGCACAUGGUGCAGUACCUGGUGCUGCACACUGCCACCCAUGUGACCCAUAGGAACAAGAAUGGGGACACUCCCUGUGAUCUGGCUCGGAUGUACAACAAGGAGCAUGUGGCACAGUGGCUGCUGAGUAAUGCCAGGGGUCAACUAGCUGAUGGGCAGUGAUGCCAAGGACCAAACCUAAGGCUGGAAGGCAGCCUGCCAUGGGAAGGGAAGUCUAGAGCAGUGUUUCCCAACCAGUGUGCCUCCAGCUGUUACAAAAC